AUGGAUCCGAGUUUAACAGUUCAAGAUUGUGGUCAUAAACGUACUCAUCGACGAUCUGGUGCUGUUUCUUUAGAUUUGGGUUUUAAAGGGAUAUUUAGCAAUUCUAAAGACUUAGGAAAAGCAUCAUCUUCUACCUUGGAUGAGGCGAUACAUGAUCCGGGAUCUUGUACUGUAAAACAGAAGAAGCAAGAUAAUACGGAAGAACUGUUAGUUUUGCCAAACGCUAGGACUUCAAAGAAACGGAUUGGGUUUCAUGGAUGGUUUUGGGCUGAAUCAAUUUUAUCAUUAGCAUAUUUAUAUUUUGGAGGAUCUCAUAAAAAAAAGGUUUCUGAAAGUUCUGGGCCCGUUGUAUUGAAUGUGGAAGAGCAUGCACCACCAUCAUCUAUUUGUAAAGUGACUUUGCAGCCUUUGAUUGAUUUGGACGCUGCUCUUUUAACGAAGCCUAAUUCAUCGCUAUUUACUGCUUCAGAAAAAUUCCAACGUCCACGUAGUGCUACAGUGUCUUCACCAUAUUUUUCUGAAUCCGGCAGUACUUAUCAUAGUUCUUAUAGAAAUGGCUAUACUCUUAAGCGAAAAAUGAGUGUAAUUAUUGAAGAUGCUGAUAUGAUUUCAACAUCAUUGCUUCCUUCGUCUGAACGUGUUUCUAAUACUCUACAAAAUGUACAGACAGCUACAGAGCAGUCUAUGCAGGUUGUUCCAACUGAUGGGAAAGAAGCAAAUGUUUUUGAAAAAGAAGAUAUUGGGCUGAAUAGUUCUAAAAAUGUUUUAAAUGAUGAUAAGUCUAUAGUUGAUAUAUAUGAUUUUUUUCCUGUAUCUCAUGUUGGAGAUACUAUAAAUCAUGAUAAUACUCUAAUAAAAAUGAAUGAACAAGGUAUUUCAAAAAGUAUAAAGGGAAAAUGGAAAUGGCGUCGUAUAUUGGGCAAAUUUUUGAAGCAAAGAAAUAGAUGA